AUGGAGAACAUUCCAAUCCCUGAUGGCGACACCCUCGUGUGGCGUGCGUACGGAGAGCUCGUCAAGAAGUCCUUAGUAGGCUCCAAUGUACCCACCCUAGGCGUUGACUACAUCUUCGUCUGUCCACCCACCGAGUUUGGGAUCCGUGGCGGUAGCGCAAUCCCAGAUGCAGUGACGAACUGGAACAUCUCCAAGGUUGCCGACUCCCUCCAACGAGCCGAUUCCCCUCUCUUCGUCGUAGGUGCCGACGGCAGCUAUUACACAUCCCUGCAAGCGUACCUCAAUGCGGUCAAGGUCAAAAAAAUCACGCCUGAACAGGAACAAGAGAUCGACGCAGCUAUCACAAGGCAGGCCAAGCUUGAGGACGAGGCCACGACCAUGAAAGAGCAGGCAGAGGCUAAGUGGGCUAAAGAUAAAACUGCUAAGAAGAAUAAAGUCAGCUUCCAGAAGUGGGCAGUUGCCAACGCGCCGUCAUACCUUGCCAAGAGAAAGCAAGUCCAGCAAGCGGCCGGCCAAGUCCGCCUCCUCCAGUCCAAGUACUACGGAGCCGUAGCAGCUACCCUGCAGACCCAGAUCUCAAAAUUGGAAGUGUUGGCUGGAGAUGACACCCAGAGCAAUCCUGGCUUUAACAUGCCGUGCUACCUACCCGACUACCAAAUCGAUCCACAAGCCCUGAAAAACGGUCUCCGUGUCGAGAAUCUCGAGGCCUCAAGCCUUAACUACAGACCACUGUACGCCAUCGAGGGCUACGAGAAGGCAUGCGACGACUGGAUCAAGGGCGUUUCUGGAGCAGACACGACCUGGACCUUCAACUUCCAGAGCGUGUCCCACAAUGACUGGACCAGCCUGGGACAUUCCACCAAGAUCUCUCGCCAGUCCAAUUCCUUCUUCUUCUUCUUCAGCAAAACUAGCAGCACUUCGACCAAGACCACCAAUCUCGAUUUCGGCUCUACAGACUGGCAGAAGCAAACGUCGAUUACCCUCCGAGCAAAGGGCCCAGUACAGACUUUCAACGUCACCGCUGGCUUGUGGGACGUCCCCGGCGUGCGCAAACUCUACCCGACCCUCCUACAGGGCGAAAAAGACACGGCGCACGACUCGAUCAAGCUCAACAAGAUUUGCGUCGGCUACCAAGUCUCAGUGACGAUCAAAUUCGCAGAGUCCCUGCGCAACCAGGUCCGCUCCAUGUAUCAGUCGGCGACAUCCACGUCCGACUCGGGCCUCCGCAUCCUCGGCUUCCAGUUCGGCGCCGGAGAGUACGGGAAUACGUCGGUGUAUCGCGACAUGAAAGACCUCAAGUACAAUGAGAACAGCAAUGAGUUCACGCUGCCCCCGAGUCCUGAGGGUUGUCCUGUGUUGUUGGGAUUGCUGGGCAGGAAGCUCGGGGCUUGA